UUCUAUAAGUCUUUUUAACUUAAACUAAGCCAGUUGUUCUGUCUCUCUUCUCUCUCCUCUCUUUCUCACAUCUUCGAGAAGUUUCCGCCGGCGGGAGAGAGCAAAGAAACGGUUUUGCUCAGAGAUCAGAGAAAUGGUCAUUUACUUCUCAAGAAUCUCGGUUUUGCUUUUGUUUCUCUGUUCUUGGAACAGUUUCAUUACAACAGUGACUUCACCUAUUUGGUAUAACCUUUCUAACACAGAAGCUUAUGAUGCACUUGAUCCAACUGGAAACAUUACCAUAAAAUGGGAUAUUAUGUCCUGGACUCCUGAUGGUUAUGUGGCUGUUGUAACAAUCUUCAAUUUCCAACAAUACCGUCACAUUCAAGCGCCCGGGUGGCAAUUAGGAUGGAGUUGGAGGAAGAAGGAAGUUAUAUGGAGUAUGGUUGGUGCGCAAGCAACAGAACAAGGAGAUUGUUUUAAGUUCAAGGGUAACAUUCCUCAUUGUUGCAAGAAAACUCCAACCAUUGUUGACUUGUUACCGGGAACUCCUUACACCCAACAGAUAUCCAACUGUUGUAGAGGCGGUGUGAUUAGCUCGUGGGCACAAGAUCCAGCAACUGCGAUUUCUUCGUUUCAGAUUAGUGUUGGUCAAUCUGGAACGACUAAUACGACGGUUAGAGCGCCUAGGAACGUCACUUUGAAGGGACCAGGACCUGGUUACACUUGCGGACCUGCGCAAAUCGUUAAGCCUAGCAAAUUCAUUUCUGCGGAUAAACGAAGAAAGACUCAGGCCUUGUUUACAUGGAACAUUACUUGCACGUAUUCACAGUUUCUAGCACGCAAAACUCCGACUUGUUGUGUCUCACUCUCAUCUUUCUACAAUGAAACUAUAGUACCAUGCCCAACUUGUUCUUGUGGAUGUCAAAAUAGUUCUCAACCUGGUUCAUGUGUCGACCCGAAGAUAGCUUUGGUAGUACCAGCUUCAGGGAAGAACAGCCUCGAACCACUUUUGCAAUGUACGAAGCAUAUGUGUCCCAUCCGAGUUCAUUGGCAUGUCAAAACUAACUACAAAGAGUAUUGGCGAGUGAAAGUGGCAAUCACAAACUUUAACUACAAUAUGAACUACUCGCAGUGGAACUUAGUCGUUCAGCAUCCCAACUUUGAUAAUAUCACUCAGCUUUUCAGCUUUAACUACAAACCUCUUACUCCUUACGCUGACAUAAAUGACACGGCCAUGCUUUGGGGGAUCAAGUUCUACAACGAUUUGUUGAGCCAAGCUGGUCCCGUAGGCAAUGUACAGUCUGAGCUUCUCUUCCGAAAGGACCCGUCAAAGUUCACAUUCGAGAAAGGAUGGGGGUUUCCGAGGCGCAUUUACUUCAAUGGUGAUAACUGCGUCAUGCCAUCUCCAGACUCUUAUCCAUGGCUUCCGAACGCUACUCCAAACCUUGCAACCUCGCCAUUCAUUAUACUUCUCAUCACUUUCUUUUCUUUCUUGAUUCUUAUGUAAAGGGAUCAGGUCCACAGAAUCGCGCUUUUGACCUGAUUCAUACUUCUGAACUCGGACAGGAUCCAGUUUCGGAUACAUAUAUACAUACUGUCCUGGACAUGUUUGGUGAUGUUUACAUUACAAGUGAGUUUAUGUGAGUGUGUUAUAAAGCCACCUCAAUGAUAUGAGAUAAUUGUACGCUAAACAUCAUUCUUUGUAUCUGAUAUAUGAUGUAGAACGGUAUUGUAGAUUCAUUUUUCCUUA